AAGCUCAAACCUCAAAAACACACUUUUUUCCACUUGAAAGACAGACGAGACAAGUAGAAAUAUUUCCCAUUUCUUCUCCAUUUUCUCUCUCCUGCUUAUACAAACUUCCAUUUCUAUAAUUCUAUGUGAACUAUCUAUCUUCCCUAAAACUCCAAUUUCUCACUCCAAUGGCAUCAUCAUCUUCAUCAUCAUACAUUCCACUUCACAAAACCCAACUCCCACCUCGAAUGCAACCUUUCUCUCUCUCUCCACAACCUUCCUCAACUAAAUCCCACCAUAAAUUUCUACUCAUAAUCAUCUUUCUCUCUCUCCUUCCUUUUCUUCUUUACUUUCUCUCUCUUUAUCGCUCACUUCAUCUUCUUCCCUCUUCUUCUUUUGGCCUUGUUAUCGACAUUUCUCACUCUCGCUCUCAAAUCCUCGUUUUUAGAUCUUUAAACGAAGUUUCGGGUACUCCAUUUUCCGGCGAAACUUCCGAUUCUUUCUGGGUUGAUGACGGAAUCUUUGAAUUUUCCGGGAAUCAAGAUUUGGUGGGGAGGGUUUUGUUUAAAUUGAUUGGUUUUGCUAAGAAUAAAAUUCCCAAUUUUGAGUGGAAAGAUACUAAAGUUCAACUUAUGAUUUCGGAUGAUUUAGUGGGUAAAGUUGAGGAGAGAGAAAGAGUUUUGGAAGAGUGUAGAAGGGUUUUGAGAUCAUCUGGGUUUUUGUUUAAAGAUGAUUGGGCUUCUGUUUUGAAAGGUCAAGACGAGGCUCUUUAUUCUUGGUUGGCUGUCAAUUAUGCUCUUGGAUAUCUAGGCAAGAAACCUGAAGAAACAGCUGGAGUAGUUUCACUUGGAAGAUCUGCUAUGCAGAUCUCUUUUGCAAGCUCUGAGACUCCACUAUCAGAAUCCUCAAGAGUUAUCAGGUUGGCAGGAGUUCCUUACAAUAUUUAUACUCAAAGCCUGCAGCAGUUUGGUCAGGAUGCUGUUUGGACAUUGCUCCAUGAGCGAAAUACUCAAGGCUUGAUGUCAUCUUCAGUAAACAAUGAAAGAUCCAAGUUCAACCCUUGCUAUCGUCCUAGGGGAUAUGAAGUGACAUCAAAGGCAAGUGAUAAGACACUUGUAAACAAUGAUGCCACAGGAACCUUUUCCACAUGUAAAACUGAACUUACCAUGUUGCUGAAUAGUAGGAAAGGAAAAUGUGCACGUCCACCGUGUGAGAUAGUGCCAUCAAUUUUUAGUGAGUUAGAACAUAAACCUCAUCCUCAGCAAAGCUUCUUUCUCUCUUCCCAGUUUAGAGGCUUAGUUCCAAAGGCUUCUAUAUCUGAAUUGGAAUCCAUUGGACGCUAUAUUUGCGAGGAUGACCAGGAGAACCUCAAAAGACAAUAUGGAAAGGAUGAUGGAGAUCGAUCAAGAAAUUGUUUUUCUCAUGCAUUUAUGGCAAUCUUGUUAAACAACAGUUUUGGCAUUCCAUUUGAUGAGAAGAGAGUGGAGUUUGCAGCAGGAAGCACUCCUGUUGAUUGGAGACUUGGAGCUUUCAUUUCCCAGACGAUCAUGGAUCCCUUUGACAAGAUUACAGAACACCAUGACGCUCAUAUCAUCGAAAAUGAGUCCGUCACUCACUUCUUCUUGUUUGGAGUUCUUAUAGUUAUUGUUCUUCUGGCCGCUUUCUUUGUAAUGAAAUUGCGAAAACCUCAAUUGAAGACCAUAUAUGACCUUGAAAAAGGUUGCUACAUUGUUACUCGUGUACCCAGAUAGAGAUACAUUUGUUCCUCUUCUUGUAAUUGAUCUUACACUUCAGUUCUUUGUACAGUUAGCCAUUGAUAUCAAAGCAU